GGCGCCGCCGCUCGGGGCCGCUGGGGGCGCGCCCGCACGCGUGUGGGAGACCCACGAGGGGUAGGGCUGCCCGGUUCCCCGUGCUCCAGAGACCCAGCCUGGGUACCCCCGGGAGCGAAGCGACUGGCCAUGGAAAGGGUGUCCCUCUGCCCUCGGCUCUGUGCCCCUGAGAGAGGUGCGGCGCUUCCCCGGCACGCUCAGGAGCUGCGUCGGAGCACCACGCGCUCGCAAGCCCCAAAACACAGUCUAAAAGGGCAUGCGGGGGCCUGCAGCACUCCCCAGGCUGGCCGUAUGCUCCCAUCCGUGCACCCCUGGUUCCCAGCGCCCAGCCUCUAGUGCAGAGGUGGCGAACCUGUGGCACUCCAAAUCGCCCCGGCAGCCGAGCAUUCCGGGUUAACUGCUGUGUCGGCGUUUUGCAAUAAAUAAGUGGGUUUGGGGUUGCAGGGUGGGCACUGGGUCUCUGAAAGGUUCGCUAUCACUGGUCUAGUACGCGCUGCGAAGGUGCUGGUGGCGGUGGGUCUUGCAGUGCUUACUGCAUCCCAGACUUGUGCACCGCCUAGGCAUAUCGGUUUCACAGAGGAGAACUUGCUAAUUCAGCCCAGGCCUGAGAGCCCUCCUGAUGUCCCGUUGGCUUGGGUCCAUUUCUCCUUCCCUGGGGCACGGGGAUCAGCAAGACCAUGAAGUCUUGGCCCUGCCACUCAUUGGUAGAAGGAACUCGAGCCACUGACUCGGCUUUCCCUUGCGUCGGUGUCCCCGUUUUUAAAACGGGACAGGUGUACCCUCAGAGCGCUGGCUCGAGCUUACUCCCUGUGAGGCUUCUGACGCGGCGCGUUUGGCCGUCUGUGUGUGGACAGUUGAUGUGGAUUAUUCCCGGGACGUGCCUGGGCGAGUGGGGAGCACCAAGGACCGCCUUGCGAAAGAUUUAACUGAGCUCACAGGAGUCAAUGCUUUGUCCGAGGCCACACACAGAGCAGGUGACAGGCCAGGAUGUCCGACCUGGAGGCUAGACGCUCUGUUCCGAGACUUGCAUAUAUUUCCUCAGGCACGAACUAGGGCCGAACUCCUCCCCGGGCCCGUCCCUGUCUUCAGUCCUGAACCUCUUCUCCGCUUCUGCCAAUCAGGAGGGAACAAGAACAUUCCCAGGGCUUCUGAGGCUCUGGCUGGAGUCUGAUGGGCUGUUUGAAGGCCUGCACACUCCCUCUGCCUGUUUUUCCUUGUUUCUGUUCCUGUUGGCCUUGAACUACUAGAUUCGGGCAGGGGCCGAGCUAGGGAGGCGCAGGGCCACCUAGUGUCCCGUUUCCCAACUGCUACCGAUCAGCUUGCUGUGUUGCCCAGCAGCGGCUGUGAUCGUGCGUCUGGCUGGAUCCGGUGCCCAGACCCAAGCCCCUCACUGCUCCAUGGACACCCCCAGCCCAGGCCCGUUGCCUUCUUCACCUUUGCCCGGGGAGGAAGAGAAGCCUCAGGCUUUACUUCCUCCUGUGCCCCGGGGCCGCCGAGGGCGACCUCCGGGGGGUGCCGCCUCCUGUCACCGGAAGCUCAAGUCCUCGCUUCCCCGAAAGCGGGGCCGACCCCCCAAGUCAGGGCCCGAGCUCUCGCUGGCACAGGGGCUGCCGGCAGCUGCAGUGGACAGCGGCGACGGCGAAGGAGGCAGCGACCUCCUGCUGAUCGAUGACCAGGGCGUGCCCUACACAGUCUCGGAGGGCUCGGUGGCCGCUGGGCCUCAGGUCUCCGGCCCUCGGAGGGCCCCGCAUUUCUGCCCUGUGUGCCUGAGGGCCUUCCCUUACCUCUCCGACCUGGAGCGCCACAGCAUCUCGCACUCGGAGCUGAAGCCACAUGAGUGCAAGGAUUGCGGCAAGACCUUCAAGCGGUCCAGCCACCUGCGGCGACACUGCAACAUCCACGCGGGGCUCCGGCCCUUCCUGUGCGCUCUGUGCCCGCGCCGCUUCCGCGAGGCCGGCGAGCUGGCGCACCACCACCGCGUGCACUCGGGCGAGCGCCCCUACCAGUGCCCCGUGUGCCGUCUGCGCUUCACCGAGGCCAACACGCUUCGGCGUCACUCCAAGCGCAAGCACCCCGAGGCCCUGGGGCUGCCCGUGUGUCGCCCGGACCCGAGGCCAGAGCCGCCGUGGGACAAUGAGGGCAUCCCGGCCACCGAGGGAGCGCACGAGGAGGGCUCCGAGGGGAACGAGCCCGCCUGACCCGCACCUCCGGCCCCGGCCCCCGGCCCCCGGUUCAGGCUUGCAGCCCGGAGCUCGGUUGGGGUUGGGCCUGGGCCCGGAGGCCAGGGCACCCCGGUUCCUGCUGGUCCACCUGCCAUGGGAGAGGGCCAAGGGCGGGGGUCUACGUGUCUGGGUGCUGCUGCGUCCUGGCACCGGCCCGCGGACUCACCAGCCCGUGGAGGCACAGGCUGUGGGAAUAAAGCCUGCCUGCUGGC